AAUCGCAGGCUUUUCUGAUCAUCAGGAAAAAUUGACAUGGACACUAAAGCAAAGCGAAGAAUUCUUGCCGCAAAAAGAAAAGCUAGACCAGAGCUGAAAGAUGAAAUAUCAUGGUGUAAAUAUGAUUAUGCUAAGAACUUUGACGUCAGCCUUGAGUCAGUYCAUGAUAACAUACAGCGAGUUGACACAAGAACGAUAUCACAUUCAGAAUUUGUUGAAAAAUUUGAAAAACCACGAAUACCUGUCGUCCUGACCCAUUCAAUCGAUCACUGGAGAGGCUAUCGGAAGUGGACAAUAGAGAAGCUUGCAAGGAAGUAUGGGAAUCAGAAGUUUAAAGUCGGAGAGGAUGAUGAUGGUUACUCAGUGAAGAUGAAGAUGAAGUAUUAUGUGGAGUAUAUACAGAAUAAUAAUGACGACAGUCCAUUAUAUAUCUUUGAUAGCUCAUAUGCUGAUAAUCCAAAGAAAAAGAAGUUACGAGAUGACUAUGAAAUUCCCAGGUUUUUUGUGGAUGAUUUAUUCCGAUAUGCAGGAGAAAAACGAAGACCUCCCUAUAGAUUUUUAUUCAAGCUUUCUAAACCCAAGAGAAAAAAUCUUAAUAAGAAAGUUUUUCAUGUCCUCUCAUUUACCAGGAUAUUUAUCCCUACAGAAUUGUCUAGUUUUCUCUUUACAUUCAGCAGAUAUGUUAUUAGCAGACAGGUUUAGAAAGGUGAGAUUACUGUGUAAGUGUUUCAUGAUGUCAUCCACUCCACCAUCAGUUAUCUUAUUACCACUCAGGUAUAGCUGGGUUAUUUUUGUCUUUUGUAAAUCUUUACACAAACACUUUACGUGUUCAUCAUUCAAAUAACACCACCCCAGGUCCAGUCUAGUUAUUGAACAGUUUGUAAUGAGUGAUGACAUCAAUCUCUUUAUCCCGGUAAUGGUUAUCAGUGAGCCACCAAUGUACAAUCUGUAUGGUGGUGAUGAUAUUGAUGUAGCAGUGGAUUCUACUAACAUAGCGAUUCCAUCACAGUCCGUGUCGGUUACAUCAUAUAAUACAAUC